UUCAUCUCUUAUCGUGUAAGACAGCAAGCAAUAAAAAAGACUAAGGGUCAUUAUAAUUGGAGUAUCCGCAUAAAGACCGGCUAUGACGUGUCACAUGACAUUUGCCAAAACAGGAAGCGAAAUCAUGGUGUCUGUGUACGGCGGUGUUGAGGGAGGUGGGACCCAUUCCAAAGCCGUGCUGGUGUCAGAGCAUGGGAAAAUCCUUGCAGAAACAGAUGGUCCUUCUACCAAUCAUUGGUUGGUAGGUGUGGAUAAGUGUAUCGAGGCCAUCAAUGACAUGGUGCAGAGAGCCAAAAGCCAGGCUGGCCUGGACCCAGAUAUGCCUCUCAGUUCCCUGGGCAUGUCCCUGAGUGGAGGUGAGCAGCGUGAUGCUAUCCAGAAGCUCAUUGAUGAGAUGAAGGAGAGGUUUCCCAAGCUGAGCCACAGUUACAGCAUCACCACCGAUGCUAUCGGUGCCAUGGCAACAGCCAGCCAGCAUGGGGGCGUCGUGCUCAUUUCAGGAACUGGCUCCAACUGUAAACUGGUGAACCCUGAUGGCUCUCAGGUGGGCUGUGGGGGCUGGGGACACCUCAUGGGCGACGAGGGGUCAGCUUACUGGAUUUCGCACCUGGCUGUGAAGACCGUGUUUGAUGCUGUGGACAAUCUGGUCACGCCCCCUCAUGACAUCACUCACGUUAAGAAGGCCAUGGAGGAGUACUUCCAGGUGUCAGGGCGGAUGGGCCUGCUCCCGCACCUCUACAGAAACUUCCAGAAGUCACACUUUGCUGGAUUCUGCAGGAAGUUGUCUGAAGGGGCUACAGCUGGAGAUGCACUGUGCCAGCAUGUGUUCCGUAAAGCUGGGGAAGUACUGGCUCAACACGUGGUGGCCGUCUUGCCCAAAGCUCACCAGGAUCUGUUUUCCGGGGAGCGGGGGCUCCCGAUCCUGUGUGUGGGGUCCGUGUGGAAGAGCUGGGAUCUGCUGAAGCCGGGCUUCACAGACGUUUUGGCACGAGCGGCUGGGGGCCAUUUCUCGGGGUACAGCCUCCUGACCCUGCGGCAGUCUUCGGCGCUCGGGGGGGCCAGCCUGGGGGCCAAGAGCGUGGCGGCCACGCUCCCCCUGGACUACGCCGCCAACGCACACGUCUUCUACACGUGCUCCUUCGCCGGCCAAUGACGGCACGGGUCCCUGCCACGGAAGGGGACGCGCGGAAUUACAGCGCUGCGGACCAGGAUACUACCUCACUACAGAUCCACACGCUGCCGCCCAUUUCUCCACGAGGCGCUUUCUCAACGGCUCUACGGAGGGGAAUAUUUUUUUAAUGAAUUUACAUUUGAAAUCACGGUUUGAAGUUUGCCGUCUUCAGUCGCCAAGAUUUGAGGGAUAUUAAAAGGAAAAUCAAUGUAACUGUUUUCUACCGAAAAUCACGAUUAGGAGUUGCUUUUACAUUUAUAUGAAGUUUUCAAUGCAAGAUGUUGAAAAGAUCACAUAGAUAUGAAACAUUGUACCUUAUGCAUUGUUUAAUGGUCUUGCCUUUUUGGUGCUAAUAAAGAUCUUCAGAAGCA